UAUUAUAUAUAAGGAAACCUCAGUCUGUUAUCAGUUCCAAAGGCAAAUCGCUAUAUGCUUGACAUGUCACUUACUUUCCGCCUCCGUACAAGGUCGGAUAGAUUCAUAAGUGGGCCAACCGAAUAGUCUCCCUCGUUAUUCAGAUUCGUAAUCUCAAACAGACUAGCCAUGCCCAAAUUGAUCGUCAUCGUAGUGCUAUGGAUUCUGGCACUUAGCGGGGCCAGCAGCAGGACUGUAUUUGAUCAGCUUUUCUCAGGAGUAGGAGCAGGAGCAGCAGGCUACUACUAUCCACCCACUCCAGCGCAGCAGCCAUCAUAUCCUGGCUGGUACGACGCGAACUACAGACAGCAGCAGCAGCGACCCCGGCCAAAGGAGCAGCAGCGCUCUUACAAAGAUAUUUGCCGUGUGGUUAAUACAAACGGAUUCACGAAUCCAGGGGCUGUGCCCCGGUGUCCUUACUAG